AGCUUACUCACACUCUGUUCAUCCGAUCUCCAGCUGGAAGUCAAACAGGUACAGUAAAAAAGCCUGAACCAGGUAAACAAACCAAAUUUCCAUCUUCAUCAAAUUGUCCACGUUCCUGCCAUGGAGCAGGCAGCAACCAUCACAGAAGAACAUACUGUUCUUGGUGCAAUUAAAGCAUACGUUGAGAAGAACCCAGAAUCUACAAACACACAGCUCUUCUCAUUCUUGGCAUUGCUGAGUGCGUACCUUCCUAAAUCGUACCUGCUGAAGUCUGAGUGCAAAAAGAUCCUUGGAUCACCUGAUCCCAUUGAUGAAAGGCCCCCCUUUGAAGAAAGGAUGAAACCUUUUAUUGCCUUAAUCAACCUAUCUGGAAACGCUGAGUGCAGAUGCAGUCUUCACGCUGGAACUGCACAGAAAGCCCUGGAACUACUGGCUGAACUAGGUUUUACCAGGAGUGAAAUAGUACAAAAUUUCAUACGCUUAAACUUUGAAUACUACCGACCACAUGUGGUUGAGUAUGUGAAGGAUCUGCUGACAAAGAGAAAAAUCAGUAAAAAGAAGAAGGAGCAGUUCUCAAGGUUGAUAACAGAUAUUAAAAAUAAAGAGAAUCCUCACAACACUGUGUCUGUCCUGGAAACUGCAUCAGACAUAUUUGACCAGAACCCUACUUUCCCCCAAACAAUUGCUCGCCUCUACUACCAAAGCAAAACCCCUGACUACGAUCAAGCUAAAUGGUGGGCAUUGGAGGCCAUUGAGAGAGCUCCACACAACUCUUAUGUUGCAGACACUCUUGGUCAGAUUUGUAAGAAUCGCUUGAUUGAAGCUGACACAGACGAUGUCAUAUGCAUGGCAGAUGAGGCUUUCGAAGCGUUUAAAGACGUGGAGGAGAAAGCAGAGUGGGAAACUGGUCCAGGCACUAAACAUGCUGUAAGCAAUUCAAAAUCUUUCAACAACAGAGGGCGUUUUGGUUUCAUCCAAGUGGCAAAAAUAGCCUUUGAGAGAUAUCCUGAUUCACAGAAACAGAGCCUGAUCCAAAACAAACAAACUAAAGUUGAAGAGAACUUUGUUUUUUUUGAGUGGUACCUAACCUACUCCACACCUGACAUGAAAACGCUUGAGCCCUGGUACUUCUGGAAGGAUGUUGCACUGUGUUACAAACACUAUGCCAAAUCAUCAUCAGCUGACUCCACCAGCUUUGCAGGUCUGCUUGAUUUGCUGAAUCACGGCCUUCAGAUGUCAAAGGGAAGACGCGCUGGGUUUAACGAGGUCAGGAAAGAAGUGUCUGAACUUGAAAAAAUCCAAGAUGUUUUGAAACGCAGCUAUGAAGCGAAUCCUGACAGUGUUGAUGACGCACAGAGGUACAUACUGUCAAACAUCAUCUUAAGCAACAUGGAACCUGAUUCUGCUCAUAUCACUCAGAUGACAGAGCUGAAAAAGAUAAUUUCCAGGUUCUUGAAAACGGAUGUAGGACGUAGACGCCCUGAGUUCUACCUCUUGGUUCUGCUGCUAUUUUGGCCUGAGCAAAACCAGAAUGUGAUCCUUGACCUGGAAAUGUAUGCUACAUAUAUGGAGAGAGCAUUUGAGAAGAAAGAGCAUGCCAAAUACCUACGAGGUCGGUACCUUUUGCCUCUAUUUUUUCUGGGAAAGGGCUCUGGACUGAGCAAGUGGAUUCACAAAUCUAAGCUGGAUGCCAUCGUGGAAAAUCAAGAUGUGGGAAAUCAGAGGAAAAAGUGGGAAAUCCCAAAGAUCCAUGAUAUGCUUCUUCCAGUGAUGGUAGAGCCGUGUCACUCUCUAACAACCCCACAGGAACAGCAAAAUCCCAAAAAAGAAGUGUUUGUUUGUGUUGGGGAUAAGAAAAUAAAAGCCACCACAGAGGGCAAAGCAGAGGUCCAGAUUGACAGCAGUAAUCGUUUCUACCUUGGCUUCACUAUUCGGGGGCCCAUCGUCUUCAAAGUGAAACCUCCUCACAAAACUGACUCAUCACAAACAAGGUGGGGUUGUGACAAACCUCAAAAUCGUAACCGUAUGUAUGUUGAUAACGUUCCUGCACUGGAGCACACGUCUCUGAUCUCACAGUCCAAGUGCUGACAUGGCGUCAGCGCAGAUAGAACAGUCCCAGGUGCUGCAGGAGGAGCUCACCUGCCCCGUGUGUCUCGACCUGUACCGCGACCCCCA